CGCCGCCACUUCCCCGCCGAGAGCCGCCGGGGACGCACCCGCCCCACGGGAGACGGCGGCGGCGAGGGGAGGGCCCGGGGGAGGGCAGCACCCAGCCCCUCUCUGCCUCGGCGCUGUUUUCUUUUCCAAGCCCCCCUCCCCCGUAAACUUUCUUUAUUCUUUUUUUAUUCUUCCUUUUUUUUUUUUUCCUGGAAUUUCCCUGGAUGGUCUGAAUCCAGCUUCAUGCCAACCCGGCCAUGCCCGGCUCCGCUCCUGGCCCGCUGCGAGGCGCCUCCGAGUGAGCCCCGGGGCAACAUCUGGGCGCAGCUGGCGGGGCGCCGCGCCGCCCUCCCCGCCGGGCCCUGAGCCGCCGCCGCCGCCGAGGACGGACCAUGUAUCAGGGCCUGGCCCUCGCCCCCAACCAUGGCCAGUCGGCUUAUUCCCACGACUCCGGCAACUUCCUGCACUCGUCGGCCGCCUCGCCCGUCUACGUGCCCACCACGCGGGUGCCCUCGGUGCUCCAGACGCUGCCCUACCUGCAAAGCUGCGAGCCGCACCAGAGCCACCUCGGCAACCCCCCGGGCUGGGCGCAGAGCGGCGGCGAGCCCGCCGCCUUCAACGCCGGCAGCCCCCACCCGCCGUCGGGCUUCUCCUACCCGCACAGCCCGCCGGGCAGCAGCCCCCCGGGCCGCGACGGCGCCUACCAGGGGCCCCUGCUGCUGGGCGGCGGGGGCCGGGAGCAGUACGGCAACGCCUUGGUGCGCUCGGUCAACGGAUCCUACUCCAGCCCCUACCCCGCCUACGUGACCCCCGAGAUACCUCCCUCCUGGACGGCUGGACACUUUGAGAGCAGCGUCCUGCACAGCCUGCAGACGAGGCAGGCGGCCUUGCCCGGCCGCAGAUCCACCUUCGAGUACCUGGAGGAGUUCCCCGGCGACGGCAGGGAGUGCGUGAACUGCGGGGCCAUGUCCACGCCGCUCUGGAGGAAGGACGGCACCGGCCACUACCUGUGCAACGCCUGCGGGCUCUACCACAAAAUGAACGGCAUCAACCGGCCGCUGAAGCCACAGAAGAGGCUGUCCUCGUCCAGACGUGCUGGCCUAUGUUGCACUAACUGCCACACCACCAACACCACCCUCUGGAGGAGGAACGCCGAGGGGGAGCCCGUCUGCAACGCCUGCGGGCUCUACAUGAAGCUCCACGGGGUACCACGACCUCUGGCCAUGAAAAAGGAAAGCAUCCAGACAAGGAAAAGGAAGCCUAAAAACAUCACCAAAGGCAAAACCUCAACAGGGUCUACGACUUCGGCCACUAACUCCCCUUCUUCCAUUACCAACUCAGACAGCACGGUCACUUUAAAGUCAGAGCCCAGUGCGACCUCGCAGUACCCUGGACAAACCAUCGUGUCCGUCUCCCAGGCGCCCAGCCAGUCGGAGGACGCGCUGGCCGGCGGCCACGCCGAGUUCAAGUUCGAAGCGGAGGAUUACGCCUUCUCGCCCGGCGCCGUGGCGCAGCCGGCGGGGCUGAGCGUGCCCCUCCGGCAGGACUCCUGGUGCGCGCUGGCUCUCGCCUAGGAGCCCGCCGGCCCCCGGAAGGCUUCGGACCAAGGGCGAUGACGUCCCCGCGGGCGGACGCGGCGCUUCGGGGCCGGGCGGGCAGCACGGGCCGCUGCGGAAGGACAGAUUUCUCGCAGGGGGACGGGCGCGGAAAGCGCCGGCCGGGCACGGCCGAGCUUGCCGGGCCGCGGCACUGGCUUCCCAGGAAGCUUUUCCUCGGCCAGAGGGACCCGGAGCUGCCUCCCCGAAGCAGGAGAGCGGGGGACGCUUCUGUUUGCACGAGGAAAGCCUCCGUCCUCCUGAGAUGAAACCAAGAAAUAAAUGCAUCCCAGAAUCUAUGUUUAUUCGCGGUGAUUUCUCCCUCCUAUGACUCCUCUGUGUGCAAUUUAUUCCACUUUCCAAUAAAGACUGUAAUAACGUGGCAUCAAAUAACUUAAUUUUAUUAAAAUGUAAACUGUGUGGCCUCCUUUAUGUUUUAUUGGCCACAGCAGGAAAAAAAAAAACUGUUGUUUUUAAACAUUUACUGUUUUAUAUUAGAAACUAUCAUCUCAAUAGAGUGUUAGCUUCUGAAGCGCUCAGUGUAUCGACGCUGAGCUGGUGAGUCAUACAUAAAAUAAACAUGCUGCUCUUCCCA